UCGGUUAAUGGUUCUCUCAGAUGUAUAGUGGAGAGUGAAAGCGUAAGCAUCGUUCGCGUGUUGCUGGAAUUACGCCCCUCGUGUUCAUCGAACGUGUUAGAAGCCGAGUAGAUAAUAAAAAUUUUAUUCGAUUAUUAACAGUGGUUGUUAGAAUCAGAAAUGCGAUCAACCUUUGCUCUCUUUCUGUUCUUUAUUUGCGGCAGUUUCGCCGCGGAAUUCGAGGAUCAUUUCAAGGAUUGCCAUCCAAACGUGCCAGGAUUCGACUCCUGCAUAAGAGAAGCAUUAAACGCGAUUCGACCGUACUUCAAAACAGGACUUCCAAAAUAUAAUGUCCUGCCGUUUGAUCCAUUUUUCGCGAGGGAGGUGUCUGUGACAAGGGGAAUGCCAAGUUUUGGCUUCACUAUUACACUGAAAAACGUCACCGAGAGCGGAUGGACUGCUAGCAAAGUGACGAAAUUCGUUAGUGACUUGCCAAAUUACAAGGUUGUAUAUACCCAGAGUUUCCCAGCAAAAUUUCUGGCAGGUUCGUACGAAUUUAAAGGAAACAUGUUUGGCUCCAGUGUGAGCAACAAAGGGAAAUUCACUUUGGCUCUUUACGAUCUCGUCCAGACAACCACCGUCACCAGAAGACCAGGUCAAAAAAUAAAAGUCAGCGUGGACGUGCAAACGAUUCGGGAUCUGAAGCUUCACAUAACAAAUUUAUUGUUUGGCCGACAAAUUCUCGAGGAUAUCCUCGACAGGAUAAUAAACGAAGCCUGGCAACCAGGAUUCGUGGUGACUAGACGUCUGAUAAACGAUCUCGUUUCUACCGGGUUCACAGAGAUCUUUGGAAACGCAUUUCGCAAUUUUCCAUUCGAGAAAAUCAUCAAACCAAAGCCCGAUGCUAGUUAAAGAACGAGUUCAUAAUUAUUUAAAGAAAUAAGUUGGAAGAUAGAAAUUCACAGCAAAUAGAGAAAACUAUCUUCGAUUAUUUCGAAUAUAUUUAGAUUAGAAUAAUACAUUUAGGAGAUGGACUUCGCAAGGAAGAUCUUGUGAUCUAAACAAUCAAAGGAAACCAAGGAAUUCUAAUUUUUCAUAUUUUACAGCUGCACAGAGAUAAGUGCAUUCUGUGGUUAAACAAUACUCAUAAGUUUUCUCUCGGUAAAACUUUUCUUAGCCGUUAGUUCAAUUACCUUUUCUUUGUCAGGCAAUCUACGUUCAAGGAUCCGUCGAGAGCUUGUCAGAAUUGGCGAUCUUCAGUUGUUACCGUAGGGAAUACUAGCAGGGAACAUAGGGCUUUCCUCUUCUCUUGUCAAGAUAGCUGUUCGCCUUGAGAAGUUGACGGUCCCUGACCUCGCAUUCUUAUGGUGCACGCAUCCUCAAGACGAUUCUCAUCGACUAUUAUCAAUAAUUUCCAUUGAAACGAACGAUGUAUCUGAAGAUAACGGAGCGUUCGAACAAUUCCAUCAGGAAUCGUUAAUGAAUUCUUUACCCGUGUGAACGAAAGUAGUACGGUUCGAUCCGCCUCAUCGCGAUCGAUCAUGACCGAUUUCGAUCGUCAUCCUCUGUUACGGUGCUUAUUAACGGUGCUUAACAUUCUUUCCUCUAAGCACCACAUCCGUCGCGUCUAUGCUCUAUGUUCCCUUAGUUGAAAUUUUUAUUAAAAAUCGUUAAUUAGUAAUUUAUUGAUCAACGUUAUAAUUCAUUAUAAUUUGUCAAAUGAUUAUUUUAGAGAAUAUACCAUAAAACAAUUUAUAGUAUAAUUGUAGAUAUAAUAAGAAAUGUAAGAUACAGAGGUGCCAGAUACCCGGAAUUAACCCAUUAUCCGCCAAUGUCCCAUUUUUGGGACACAUUUUCAAAUUUUUUUCUUUUAAAAAUUAUUAGUUAUUAAAAGAAAAAGAUUAUCUGCCAAUGUCCUAUUUUUCGGACACAUUUUAAAAUUGUUUUCUUUUAAAAAUUAGUAAAGUUAUUAAAAGAAAAAAACUAUCCGCCAAUGUCCCAUUUUUGGAACACAUUUUCAAUUGUUUUUCUUUUAAAAAUUAUUAAAGUUAUUAAAAGAAAAAAAUUUGAAAAUCUGUCCCAAAAAUGGGACAUUGGCGGAUAAUGGGUUAAUAACAGCGAUCUUGCACAGCAGUGCGCGCAUUGAAAUCACCGGAGUUCGUGUACCUUCGAAUUCGGAGGCAUUGAAAUCACCGAGAGCGUUACUGUUUUACCGAUAGAGAUUCUAAGAUAUAUUUUAUCUUCUUUUUAUCGACUCAGUUUAUAAAACUUUCGUUACUCCUUUUUUUACUAAAUAAUUUGUACAACUUAAAUUUGUAAAAUAAUUACGAAUCUUUUUGUAUUUAAAAAAA